AUGACGAACGAUGCCGGCAGCCUCAGCUUGUUGGAGUCGCGCCAAAUUCGCCAGGCCAUGAACGCCUUCAAAGCUUAUACGCUGGGCCGUGCGGAGGCUGACGCGUCCGCUAAUGGGGAGUUCUGGACGCUCAUGUUCAGUGGCCGGUCGGCGCCGUUCCUUCCCUGGAUGGAGGACGAACCCUCACUUAAACCCGCAGUACCAGCAAGAGAGGGAGACAGUGGCGCUGAACAGGAAGCAGCUGCCGACGUCGUCAUUGCCGAGACGCACGAGCAAAAGGGAGCGUCACCUGCUGAGGCAGGAGCACAGUCCCAAGAGGUCACGAUGGUUACGAGCGAGAUGGAGGAGACGAGGGAGAGGCUGCGCGCUGCUGAGGGCGCCGUGAGCUCUACAGACGACGAGCUGCUGACGGGGCAGCAGGAGAGGAGCGCCCUCCCUUUAGGGACGCCGGAGAGGGUGACGUCACUGGGGGAGGACGUAGGGAGCAGGGCGACGGAGCAGCCCGAAGGCGAGGAGGUUGGCCAGGAGGGCCCGCAAGCGGAGGGGGAGGAAGCGGAAGUGCUCCCUGUGGGUCGGCAGAAGACGGAGCACCUUCGCCGCCUGAUGGAGGAGCUAGAGAACAUAGCCGUUGAGCUGCAGAUUGCGCCGGCUGACACGUCCUUUCCACAAAACUUGGUGGAUCAGUGCAACGAGGCGGCGGAGCUAGCGGUGACAUGCUGCGAGCUGCUAGACGCAAAGGACCUGAUGGGGAAGGACGCCGACAUCAGCCUGACUGAGUCCCAGCAGAUCCGUAACACCAUCGAUUCCUACUCCAGAUACACCAUGGGCCGUGCCGAGGCUGACCAGGCCAUACUGGGGGGCGAGUUUGGGAGCCGUUCCCCGCCCUUCCUGCCCUGGAUUGGGGACGAGCACCGCCGCCUGCCACGCAAGGCCUUCCACAUUCCGGAAGAAGAGGGAGGGGGAGAUCCCGAGGCGCACCCCUGCUACGAACGCCUCAUGCUGCUCAUCAUCCUCAAGUGGAGCAAGCGCAAGAUGGUGCAGACGUUUAUGACGUGCUCCAAACUGGAGAACACGCCCAAGAUCACGUCGAGAAGGCCAGCUGGGUACUACCAAGUCGUGACCGCGCAGCACGGCCUGGUAGGGGCCAUCCAAGACAUAUACGCCCUUAGGGUGACCACGAACAUGGAUAUCUGCCAAAGCCGGCUGCAGCACCAAGUGCGGUUUUCCAGCGACUCGGUUGCCAAAGCGCCCGGCUACCCGGCGGGAGACUUCUACCAGUGCGACACCGUGGAAGAGAAGCUGGCGUUCGUCAAGCACGACACCGCUUUCUUGCACUUGCAAGAGAGCCGAGUUGGCUCCAAGAGCGGGUACAAGACGAUGCCGGCGCUGGAGCUGAGCGAGACGGGGAAGCUGCAAGUGGGUGAUGCUGUGCGCAACGUGGGCGCCGUCGCAGCAAGAAACAACGGCGUCGUUACAGGCGCUGUUAUCAUCUAUCGCGACGACGGCAGGUUCGUCGGCAAAGUGCAAACAGAGGAUCCUGCCGCGAGCGCUGACGACGCGCCUGUCAACAAGAAGCACGGCUACUGCGAAGAUGGUGAGAGUGGAGGAAACUGGGGGGACACGGAGGAGGACGAGCGAGGUACUUACCCGGCGCUUGCCUACACGAACAACAGCGUGUCGACCUUCAACUACGUCUAUGCACCGGAGUACACGCUGGAGAGCUUCGAGAAGUACGUAAUGGGCGCCAUUUGA